GAACAAUAUAUUGUUUUAUUAACAAUAUGUAGGCUACCCUACUUACAACAAGUGUACAAAAACACCCAUUACGACAUUACGGAUCAUCUUUUUCCACUAGGCUACGUAAUCCUAUCCCACGGUUGUCAAGACAACAGGACUCUAAACAUCCGUUCGCGCAUUUUACUUAACAGAAUCGCCAUAGGGUACCAGUUUGUGCCUCUAUACGUACCCUGUUUUUAUUGCCCGGCAGUAGGCUACCACGUUUAGGAUGUUAGUGUUGUCAAAACUAACCAGUCCGGAAUGAAUAGCACUGAAGUCCGUGCAUCAGACUAUACUGAUGCUGAGAAACAGCAUACGACUACUGACAGCACAAAACGGAACACAGAGUCUUCGGGCAGACAAUAUGUCAAUGUGUUGUUGGAUCUCAGCGAAGAGGAUUGUUGCAGGGAGCACAGCAUAAAUUUGCUUCAGAGCCGCACUGGCUGGGAAGAUGCGGUUGAAGGUUGGGGGAGAUUUCCUUCUUUUGGUGUAUUUCUUCAACCUCCAAGGAAGGGGAAAAAAAUCAAGCAAGACUUCAUAGACUCUCACUGUCUCCUCUGUGCAGACCUUAAUCUUUCUGAUUUGCCAAUCUACUGCUCUGCUGGAAAUGCUUUGAAAAGUUUCAGAAAGACUGAUCCAACCAUUCUAGAUCUUGCAGAAGAAACUGACAAUUCCUCUUCAGAUGAACUUUACUCUCUCAGUUUAUCUCUGCAAAAUAUGUCAGCACCAUUAAUGAACAAAUUGCUGUCUGGAGAUGAACAGUGUACACAAAAAUCACCAUCAGUCUGCUAUUACCAUACAGAACCGUGUCAAAUCCUGAAGGAAAAUACAGUUGCUCUUAGCAUCAGAAGCUUUCGUGUGUUGCCACCUGUCAAAGAGUCCAGAAACCAGAGGAAGAGUCUUUUUAAAAGAGUGGAGCCAACAGAUUUCCAUCCAGCAGAAGUUGUCACCAAAGCCAUAAUGCCAGAUGCCACCAGAGCGGUCACUGCUGAUGAAAGAUUGAGUGUCAGUGGUGACCCAGGAAAUGUCUUCAAGGUCCUCACAGACUUUAUUCCAAAAGAGAACGGCUACAGGUUAAAGGAAGCUCCCUGCACAAAGCAUUGGCUGUCCCAGGAAAGCAAUCACCUGCCAUCUAUUUUUAACAUAACUUUUCAAAAUAAGUAUAAUUUACCCUCCAGCACUGUGUCAAAUACAUUACCACAGGCUUUCUAUGCCCUGGGAAGAAACCUCAGGCAGGAAGAAUUGACAAGGCCUUCUACCAGGAGCAACAUCAGUUAUAGACUGUAUUCUAGCCACAAAGCAAGAGAUCUGAAAAGACCUGAAGCUCAUCGACUAAUGCUGAUUGGAACGAGAUUUCACAUGCCUAUGUGAAUAUAAUUGAUCUUUGAACUCUCUGUACAUUGUUGCACCAUAUUGUUUGGAGAAAAAUAAGUGUUUAGAGACUAAGAACAAAAGCUUCACACUUCAGUUUUCUUCAAAAUGUGUGCUACAUGAAGAUGACUAUGCAACAUAAGAUAAAGAGAAGUCUGAUGGUUUUUCUGGGAAUGCACCAUCUAAUUACUCAGAACCAUACUAUUUUACUAUGCAUGUUCAGUGUUCAAACUAGCUAAACACUGUCCAACAUUCACAAAAAAAAAAAAAA